AUGUGUUGAUGUUUAUUUUUAUUUUUUUCAUCAGGUGUCAUGCAGGCUUACUAUGACCAAGAGGUUUUCCAUCACUCCGUCAGUAGCGUCCAACUUACAUUUGUAGGCACAUUAAUGUAUGUGUCGCUUAAUCUGGUCAGCCCAGCUGUCCAUGUCCUCAAAUCCAUGUAUGGACCCAAGAUUGUUCUCGCCGCUGGUACCGCUGUUUUGUCUUUGAGUCUCAUUCUCGCUGGCUUCAGCACUCAGAUCUGGCAUCUUUAUCUGACUCAAGGUAUCAUGUACGGAUUAGGAGGUUCGCUAAUGUAUACCACGGCCAUGGGCAUUGCCCCCCAAUGGUUCGACAAACGCAGGGGCCUCGCACUGGGAGUAGCCACCAGUGGUAGUGGCAUUGGUGGCCUCAUUAUGCCCUUCAUCAUGAAUCCAAUAUUAGAAAACCUGGGAGCAGCAUGGUGCUUUCGUAUCCUUGGCUUCAUUUCUCUUGCCGUCGGACUGUUUGCAUCGAUUUUUAUCAAAGAGCGUUACCCACUUCAGCAACGUAAAAAAUUUUCACAGUUGAUGAAUUUUGCUAUUCUCAAAGAACCCAACUUCGCCAUCUGGAAUAUUGCCUGUGAUCUCUGUCUCUUGGGCUAUCUAGUCCCCUUCUACCUAAUGCCAACCUAUGCCCAAGAUUAUGGUUUAAGCGCUUCCCAAGGUGCUAACUUGGUUUCUAUCCUCUCUGCUUUUAAUUUUAUUGGAAGAGUACUAUCCGGUUUUUACGCAGAUUAUAUUGGACGACUCAAUGCUGACAUUCUUUGUAUGACGGUCAGUGGUCUAGCAUGUGGACUACUGUGGGUAUUUGCCACGAAUUAUGGCAUUCUCAUAGCUUUCUGUGUCAUUUACGGUCUCUUCUGUGGAGCGUAUUUUGCCCUGCUGGCCCCUGUCACGGCUCUCAUCACUGGCAUCGAACGGUUUCCCGGUGGCUUUUCCUUAUUUUUGGUCCUCAAUGCCGUCGGUUUCUUUGGCGCUCCCAUUGCUGGGGCUGUUCAAGAAGCCAUUGAUCCUACCGGCUACUUGGCAACACAAAUGUUCUCCACUGUGACUUUUCUCCUGGGAGCAUUAAUCAUGUUUGGCCUAAAGAUCAAAAUGACCAAAAGUGUUUUCACCAAGAUUUAAUCCUAUAAACCUUUUUCUUUUCAACAUAUCCACUGCUACACUCCACGUUCAAAAUAUAAACUUAUUGAUUUCUUUCCUAUUGCAUUGAAUAACCACGUUGACAUAAACGUUGGUGGCACACAUGGACGGACAUAGGCUUCGGUAACGACCGAAAGCAAACAUGAAAAUUGAUUAUCGUUCCCAUGCGCAGCAUCCAACAAUGAGCAAAGAGUCGGUUAGGAUGGUAUAACCACCUGCCCAAUGCGGAUGAUUCUCAGAAUCCACGGUGUUGAUUCGUCAUCUGGGUUCUGGUGUGAGUAGUUUUGCGGAUAACGGUAUCUCCGCUCAACCUAAACGUCGAUGCGAGAGUGGAAAAAUAAACCGGACUUUUAGAUUUUUAAUUCGUUAUUUCGCAC